AUGAACAAGAUCACCAAAAUUCCAGUAUGGAUUCAGAUAUAUGAUCUACCUUUUCUUUUAUGGACAAAUGAGGGUUUAAGUGAGGUAGCCAGUAUUGUGGGCCAACCACUCUCUUGUGAUGAGUUGACACUUGGAUGUAAGUGCUUAGACUACGCGCGGUUGUGUGUGGAGGUAGAUGCAUCUCUACCAUUUGUCCAAAAAUUUGAAAUUGAGUUCUCCGCUACUAUCAGAGAAGUUCAUGUGAACUAUGAAUGGAAGCCGAAGAGAUGUGAAAAGUGCCAAGUUUUUGGUCACUUAUGUCAGCCUUCAGCUGAUAAGCAGGUUAACAGUGAUGCCUUUCCUAGUCAUCAGGGUAAAGGUAAUGCCUUACCUGCCAUAGACACAGAUGAUAAGCAGGUUAACGGUGAUGCCUCUUCUAGUCAUCAGGGUAAAGGUAAUGCCAUUACCUCUCCUGCCACAAACACAUAUGAGAUGUCCUCUGAAGACUUAGAUUCCUCAGCUGAGACAGAGACAGAUUCCUGA